AUGCCACGAGCCCAUGGUCGCGGUUGGGGCAGUAGCCGUGCUCGUAGUCGUAGUCGUGGUUACGACAGUGGUAGUGGUCGCGGUCGUGGUCAUGCAUGUCAGCGUGCCACUACUACUGAUCAUGGUUUGGAUGAGGCUCCUAUCUCCCCAUCUGAGUUGAUACCGGGAGCUCAGGUUGGUCCCAGUAUUAGAGUUGGUGGUCAGACUGAGGGACAACCUCAUCUUGUUGCAGCUCAGGUAGCCGUACCAGCCAUUCCUACAGCAUCGUUUAUUAUGGAAAAGUCCCGUAUUCCUUUGCUUGCUAGUUCAGCAAAGGAUCGUUUUACGCUGUUCCAUGGAGGCACCGAUCCUUGGGUGGCGCGUACAUGGUUGGAGGAUAUUGAGGCCACUUUUGGAUACAUGUCCUGUUCAGACACAGAGAAGGUAGAGCUAGCCGCUUAUCAUUUUCGAGGGCAAGCAUCCACAUGGUGGAAGAUGCAAAAGACAGUCUUUGGGGAUCAGAUUAUCUCUUGGCAGUCUUUUCGAGAGGCGUUCGAGAGACAGUAUUUUCCUGCAGCAUUUUGUGUUGCUCGACGCCAGGAAUUCAUGAGUCUCAAGCAGGGUGACCGAAGCGUGCUAGACUAUAGUGCAGAAUUUAGCAGACUUGCUGAGUUUUGCCCACAUAUGGUUGCUCAGGACUCAGACCGUAUGUUUCACUUUACACAGGGACUGGCAGCAUAUAUUCGGAUCAGGAUGUCUGGAUUUCCUGUUACUACUUAUCGAGAGGCACUUGAUCGAGCCAUAUUUAUUGAGAUGACUCAGCAGCAAGUCUCUCAAGAAAGAGAAGCCAGCCGACAGACCUCGCAGAGCUCACACUCUAGACAGCAGAGUCGAGGUCGUCGAUCUCGUGGUCAGGAUACGACUAGAGAGUCUUCACGGUCACGAAAGGUGGCCAAAGUAUCACAGGGAUCUAGUCGCCCAGUUCCAUCACAGCGGGGCCAGAUAUCGGUGAAGUGUUUUCAAUAUGGUGCACCAAAUCACCUGGCAUUAGAAUGUCCACUGGAUAAGAGUAUAUGUUUUUAUUGUAAACUGUCAGGACAUAUGCAGAAAGAUUGCACUUUGAAGGCACAACAUCAAGCAGGAGGAUCACAGUCUCAGUAG